CCCCAGUAGACCAAUCCCACUAUGGCGCCUUCACCCCCCACAGAGGAGCCCCAACCCACGCCGCGCCUGUCUGUCGUAAACGACGUGUGGUAUAUGAUAGUCGACAUCCUAACUCAGCCACCUUUACCGAAAGACAUUGUAGAUGAGGAGGAGGGAGAAGAAGAAGGAGAAAGAGAAGGCCUUGACGGUUGGCGACCCAAGAGUUUAGCCAAACUCUUUCCCAAUCUCCAUGACCUUAUCAGUCUGAGCAGCACUUCUACAUGGUUUCGGAACCUCCUUGCUCCACGCAUAUUUGCGACCCUAUAUCUUCGGAACACGACAAAGAGUUCCCUAUCUAUCAAGUCAAUUGCCAACGGAAGCUUCUCUGGUUGCGUCAAGGAGCUGCGGUAUGUUGGCAUCUGUGAGCCAGACCAGCGGAUGUUGCCACUUGAAGAAGUUUAUCCGCCGGAAGUCGACAACGUUCUGUCGAGCCUAGUCCGGUUCAAGGGACUUGAAAAGCUGAGCAUCGAGUUUCCCUUUGACUACGAGGAAUUAUAUGAUUACUUCCAGGACGAUUUCAAUGAAAGCCUCGAAGCGGCUGCGACCGAGGAAAGAAGAAACGCCUGGCAUGGGCUAAUGGCGGCAAGUUUCCGCGCCAUUGUAUCGGGCUAUCGUUCGCAAUGCCACCCAGGUGAUCUAGUGCCUCGAUCCCUCAGCAUCCACGAUCUGAACAUCGUGGCCCUAUCGGUAUUUUCUAUGGAUGAAUUCCACACUGCCUUGUCGCGGCUGAAGAAUUUUGAUAUGUCGCUAAAGCGGUGGGAUAACGGCGUGGGUUGGAUGCUCAAUACCCAAAGCAUCUUCCAAGGAUUGCCCGACUACCUUGGCCCGUGGUUCUUCCACCACCUUUCUUCCGUUGAAGAAUUUAGUUUCGACCCACGGGACUCUGCAUCGCUCGGCAAUGCAGGGCAGGCUUAUUGCGACGACAUCGGCUUGAGGAAUGCUAGUAUGCCAAUGCUGCGGAGACUUACUCUCACUAAUAUCAUUAUCUGCUUCGAAUUGCGCGACUUCCUCAUCAGACAUCUUGACACGUUAGAAUCAAUUUUGUUGCAACACUGCUACGCAUACAAGGCAAGGCAGGGCGAAGGAUGGCUAUCCUGGAGCGAAAUAUUUAGUGCUCUGGCACAAGAAUCCCCUUCUCGUCUUACGUCUUUUCAGUUAAGUUGUGCGGAUCAAGAUGAGCUGCUCUAUCUAGAAGACAACUACGCAGAUCCAAACUUGGUCGAGCAGGUGCGAUGGAAACUUGAGGUGGAGCCCGAUGUCAGAGUAUUCCCAUAUUGUGAUGUGAGUGACAAGUACGGGGCUCGAUAUCACGACUCCGAGGCGAACCAAACAGCAUUCCUUCAAGGGAAUGAUGACAGGAGUUACCGCAAUCUCAUGGCCAUUGUUGAUUCGAAUGCACGGGGCCCAGCGGACAAACUCAAUAAAAACAGAUUCGCCCUAUAGCUAGGAGUAUUAAGGGGCAAUUUGGUUGGUUUUAUACUAUAUGAUGCUCUCCAUAGGCCGCUCUGGAACGGAAGCACUAGUACAAUGUUUGAUGUCACGUAUUUCCUUCUCCGUCUAUUAUUUAUAUUCUGAAAUUCCAUUUAUAAAAACUAUCAAG